AUGCAACCCUUCUUCCUUCUCCCAUUCACUUUCAUAAAUAUGAGCGAGGAGAUUGCCAGACUAACAACGGUACAAAAUUAUCGUUCAGUAGAUUUAAUCGGUGAUUUUGCUGGUGAAGAACUCUUUCUUAUCGAUGGUGAUUCUUUAAUCUUCCAUAUCCUUGCACAAGAUUGCCAAUUUUUAGGCAAAAAUGGUGUUCAAAUAUUGUAUGCUAUUUAUCUUUUAGAAAAAGAACUGGCCAAGUUUAAAAGUGCCAGACUGAAUUUUUGUAUUGUGUUUUUCAAAAACUGGGAAGCGCUUUACUCUAAUUAUGAUGACAUUUUGCGCUCUUCCCUCCUUUUAUUCCGUAGAGUAGCCAUCCGUCAUCUUCGAAAAUAUGUCCCUGUAUUUCAAUUCAAAUCCUUAACAGACUCUCAAUGGAGUGUAUUUAUUGCCAAACACCGUCCUUACGGUUUUAUGGUCCUUGACAACAAUAAAAAUACCAAGGAAGGAGGCCUUGCUAUUACUGAUGAACAAUUGAUGGUAUUUAAGUCUUUUAUUUUCUUUGCAUUAUCCGAUGGCGUACCUGUUGCUCUUUUAGGAUCUUACGAGUUUGUCGAUAAUAAGAUUUCGAUGUGUAUAUUGCCUUCCUUUUUUACUCGCUCUACCGAAGCUGUAGAGGAAGCUUCCAAAUUAAUUUCUGAUUAUUUGGAAAAAUUCGGCAAAAACCGUCAAUCGAUAGAUUUGCCUGAAGUCAAUAUUGAUGCCUGUCCUACGAAUGCAAUGCGUGUUCAGACUCUUGCUGCUGCUUGGCUCAUAAAAAACGAAUCAUCUUCCCCAUUAAGCCGUGAUCUAGCUAAAAUGAUCGUCAUUUCAGCUGCUGUCCUUGAACAUCUGAAUUUGAAUUCCCGUCCUCAACCUUCAUUCCCCUUAUACGAGGACCCAGCUAUUCAAAAAUUUAUUUCGUCAUACUUAGGCUGUGCUUCUUCCAUCCUCAAUCUGUUAGAUAGCAAGGUAGACGGUUUCCAUGACCUUUUCGAUGCUCGCUUAUUUGUUCGUCUAGUAUCUGAUGUUGCUCUUGGCGAAUUUUACAUUCCUGAUAUCUGCCGUGAGUAUGCUCUCUCCAAUUGGAAGUUAGUUAUUGAUGCAAUUCCCGAUGCCGGUGAUCUUUUUGAUUUAUCUUCUUUUUCUUCCAUAUCUAAGGAACUUUGUACUCCCAUUGAGGCUCCCGCUAGCGAAAUCGAUACUUCCUUGGUUCCAUACGGUGAUCCCGUUAUUUCCCAGUUUUACAACACUGAGGAAUGGGCCGUUCAGCCCAAGGAACUUCAACCUGUUGAGACAGUUUUGGAUUUCUCAAAAUUGCGUAUCAAUGAUAAGUCUGCCACCUCUAAGCGUUACGACGAUAUCAGUGCAACUAAAAAGACCGGUGACAGUAACAAAGAUAAAAGGCAGGUUGAUAGAAUGCGUCGUCAGGACCAAUUCUUUAUCAGCCAUAUUCAAAAGUAUGCCAGCUCACUUACCGGUGCUAAAGGUGGUCAAUUGAAGCGCCAGACCAUUUUCACCCAAACCCUUAAGGAAGCCAAGAGUCAAAGUGAAGAAGCUCCCAAAAACAAAUCCAAGGCUAAGGAUAAGGAAAAUGCCGCGAAAAAGGGUAAACCUGUUAAACUCUCCAAAGCCGAACAAAUCCGUGCCGAAAUUGCUGCCAAGAAGUCUGAGAAGGAAGAAAAUAAGAACGACUAUAUGUGGCGGGAAACUAGGAACGAACUUGGUCGUAUUAAAGAUCUGAAUCUCCGCUCUAAUCGUAUUGAUCAAUUGUUGAACACUAGAACCUAUGAUCCUUACAUUGAGAACGAAAUGCGCUUAUACCGCAUUCGUGUCUUAAUUUCCCUCUGGACAGCGGCCUGUGUUACGGACGAAUCUAAGGAAAAGAAUAUUCGCAUAGUGGUGGAGAUUUUCCGUGAAAUUAGUAUUGUCUACCCCAGGCCCAUUACUAAGCAGGUUAAGACUGCUCUUGACGAUACACUUACUGCUUUGGGUUUUGAAAAUGUUAUCCGCAAAGCCAAGAAACUCGAAACCCGUCCCCUAUCUUUUCCCUUUGUGCUCCCUGAUUUAGAGGAAGAAGAAUUUGAUUUGGAAGUCCCUUUCACUUCUCCUACCUUCCAGUUGCUCCAUUUCGGUGAGUAUAUGGAAAGAUCUAUGGGAAGCGCACCUGAUGACCGGGUUGCUUUUGAUCCUGAUGAAUGGCAGCGUCAGACUUUGGAUAUUCUUGACAAAGAUGAGUCUGUCUUUGUUGUUGCACCUACCUCUUCAGGUAAGACCUUCAUCUCCUUUUAUGCUAUGGAGAAGGUUUUACGUGAUAAUGAUGAGGGUGUAGUCAUCUAUGUUGCUCCUACUAAGGCUUUGGUGAACCAACUAUCCGCUGAGGUUUAUGCUCGUUUUAACAAACACUACCCUCAUGCUGGUCAAACUGUUUGGUCCGUCUACACUCGUGACUAUCGUAUUAACAAUCCAACUAACUGCCAAGUGUUAAUUACUGUCCCCCAUGUUUUACAAACUAUGCUUUUGCAACCUGCUUUGGCCAAUGCAUGGUGUCCCAAGAUUAGACGUAUUAUUUUUGAUGAAAUUCACUGUAUUGGACAAAUGGAAGACGGAAUGGUUGAAGAACAAUUACUUUUACUUGCUCCUUGCCCGAUUGUUGCACUUUCGGCCACUGUAGGUAACCCUGAGGAAUUCCAUACAUGGCUUUCUGCUCUUCAGCGUGCUCAUGCUAAUCCUAUUCAUCUUAUUGUUCACGAACAUCGUUACUCAGACUUGAGAAAGUUUGUUUACGGCGGUGCUAAAGAGUUUAAUGGAUUACAUGUAGAGGGUGACAAUGGCCAAAUUGCCCUAAUCCAUCCUGCCGCAGCUAUGUCUUUCUCUGAAGGUACCACCACAAAUUUGGCUUUUGAACCUCGUGAUUGCCUUCAAUUGUACUAUGCUAUGAAGCUAGUUUCCAAGGGUGAUUUCAAGGUCAGCAAAAGACUGGACCCUGACAGAUAUUUUGAGGACAUCCCUUUCAUUAAGAAGGUUGACGUUGUGGGUUAUGAGAAGAAGAUUAAAGCCACUAUUGACACAUGGGCUUCUUUGCCUAAUGCAUUUGCUCCGAACUCUCCCUUGCAAGCCCUUAUUAAACACUUCUGUAAUGAUCCACAACGUGUUGUCAAUAGUCAGCUUCAAUUGUAUAAUUCUGCUUACUCUUUGGACGCUAUUGCGUCCAAUUUAUUGCCUAUGCUUAAAGAUUUGCAUACUCAAGAGUUAUUACCCGCAUUGUGCUUCAAUUACGAUCGCCAAGAAUGUGAAUAUCUUGCCGAAACUGUUUUCAAGGGUCUAGUCGAAAAGGAACGUGAUUGGCGUGAAAACUCUGAAGAAUGGAAAGAAAAAAUGCGUGAGUAUAAGAAAUGGCAAGCUGCUGCUGGUCAACGUGCUAAACAAAUGGAAAAAUUCGAAAAGACAGCCACUGAAAAGCAGAAAGAACAAGCCUUAAAGGAAUCCGGUGAUACUAGCUGGAUUGAGUUCUUCGAUCCGGAAGAACCUUCCCCAGAGUUUUCUUUUGCUGGCGCCAAAUCCACUUACGGCAAGGAAGAAUUAUAUCGUGAUGUGGAAUCUUUACGUAGACGUCAAGUCGUUCCUGAAUGGUUUGUCGACGCUCUUUAUAGAGGUAUCGGUGUACACCAUUCUGGUCUCAAUCGACGCUAUCGUCAAAUGGUUGAAGUGCUAUUCCGUUGUGGUCAACUCAGUGUUGUCAUUGCUACUCGUACUUUGUCUUUGGGUAUUAACAUGCCUUGCCGUACUGUUGUGUUCUUGGGUGAUAACUUACAAUUAAACGCCCUGAAUUUCCACCAAGCUGCUGGUCGUGCUGGUCGUCGUGGUUUUGAUUUAUUGGGUCAUGUAGGAUUCCUUGGUGUCCCUUUGCAUAAGGUUUACCGUUUGUUGACCACAAAAUUAUGGGAUAUUCAAGGUCAAUUCCCUCUUACUACCUCCUUGGUCUUACAAUUAUCCCAACUCAUCUCAGGUUCACAAGCUGCUCCUUUUGCACGUAAUACUAUUCGCUCGAUUUUGGAUGAACCCAAGUUCAUGCAAAACGGUGCUGUUUUGAGCAACCAGGUCAAUCAUCACCUUCGCUUUGUUAUUGAGUAUCUACUUCGUGAAGGAUUGUUGGAUGACUUUGGUAAGCCUAUUAAUUUGUCCAAUCUUACUAUGCAUCUGUAUUAUACCGAGCCUAGCAACUAUGCUUUCAUGAACUUACUUCGCGCCGGUAUAUUCCAUAAGAUUGCCGACAAGUAUUCUUCAGACAAGUUGGGUGCUUUAAACGAUACCAUUACUAUCCUCUGCCACUUAUUCGGACGCAUUCGCAUUAACGAGCAGUUUGCUCUUUCAUUGAAGAAUCGUGAUGAAUUCGCUCCUUCAGAAAUCAUUUUGCCUUCUCUUCCUCAGGAUAUUGUUGAGGUAUUAAAUGCACACGACGAACGGGUUUUGAAUCUGUAUAAGACGUAUGCUUAUUACUAUCGCGAACAUGGUAAUGUUGGUGUUGAGGAGAAUAAGUUGCCUUUAUCCAAUAUAAAGUUUGAUGGAACAGCUAAACUUUCCAAGACGGUACCCACUGGUGUGGUUUCCGACUUUUGUGGAUUAGCUGGUUUCAGCGAUGCCACUGCCAAGAGUGUUUCCGAUUUUAUGGAACAAACACCCGAUGGUGUAUUCCUCAAAACUUCUCGCUUACCUGUUUUCGAAGUGAAUAAGGGAUCCCUCAAUGCUUAUCUACUUGACUUCUUCACUCAUGGAAGUGUCGAUCUUUUAGUUGAGCAGAAUGGUUUGAAGCAAUCUGAAAUCUGGUUUGUGUUGAACGACUUCAGUUUGGUUCUAGCUACCAUUUGCAGCUGUAUUGGUAAUUUACUCAAUUUGGUUACCGAUGACGAUAUUGAAAAUGCCAUGAGUGCUCUCGAAGAUUCUAACGCUGUCCAGGCGUCUACUGAAGGUGAAAGUGGUAGCACUGACUGGAUGCAAAACAUGAACGGAAAUUACUCCACUUCUCUUGCUUCUCCUGAAUUGCAAGACAAGAUGGACAUGAACCUUUUCAAGGUCUACUGUAUGUUCCUUGAAGUUCGUAACCAAUUUGAUGCCAAGUUCAGAAAGAUGUGGGCUUAGAUUUUUCAUUUCUUUUUUGUUUUUUUCUUGUUCACCAUUUUUUAUUGAGUGUUUUCUUUUUUAUAAAAAAAAAGACGCUUGUGGUUUAUAUUUUGAAAAAUAUCAUAGGGAUUUUAGGAUAUAUGAAAAGCAAUCAAAUUGGAUAUUUUGGUACGAGAACAGUUGAUUUCCAUGCUAUUUGGUACUUAAUUAAUUUAAUGUUUUGAAAUAUG